AUGCUAAGAAGAAGAAGUUUGGAAAUUUGCGCCCACCUGUUUUAUUUCCCUCUGGCUGCGCUGGCUCUUCCUUGGGGCUUCUCACGUGGCUUAGCCGGGAAGAAUCCACCUGCCAGAGCAGGAGAUGUCGCUGGAUGUCUGGGUCGGGAAGAUCCCCUGGAGGAGGACAUGGCAACCCACUCCAGUAUUCUUGCCUGGGAGAUCCCAGGGGGAGCCUGGUGGGCUACCGUCCAUGGGGUCGCAAAGAGUCAGACUCAACUGAGUGAGCACACUCGGGUCUUCACUGUGGCCCGCAGGCUUAGCUGCCCCACGCACAGCACGUGGGGUUUUAGUUUCCUGACCAGGGAUCGAUUACCAAAUUCAUGUUCCCUGCAUUGGAAGGCAGGUGCUUAA